AGGAUAAAUGUCCCCAGAACCCUUACCUAAAGAAGAGAUGUUGCAGUCAGAAGAGGAGGCUGGAUCAUUUUCUCCGCAACUGCUACAUGGUAAUGAAACUGAAGGGGCCGCUGACCCUGAAGGGGACAGGGCUGCAUUGGAACGGAAAAGAGUGGAUGUACUAGAAGAACAACAAAGACAGAUGCAAGAAGUAAUGGCGUCGAAGCCAGCUCCAUCGGGAGGUAAUUUUGAAAUGAAGGCCAUCAAAGCCAUGGGAGCCAAGAAGGAAGGUGAUGCAGCUUUUGGCACUGGUGCGGAGGUGAAUCUGGACUCACAGGUUUAUUGGUGGCAUGAUAAGUAUCGACCGAGAAAACCAAAAUAUUUUAACCGUGUCCACACUGGAUACGAGUGGAAUAAGUACAAUCAAACACAUUACGAUCACGAUAAUCCCCCUCCAAAGAUGGUGCAAGGGUACAAGUUCAACAUCUUUUACCCUGACCUCGUCGACAAAGCUAAGGCCCCGACAUACGCGAUUGGAAAGGAUGGGAAUAGCACAGAGACGUGCAUCAUCCGGUUCCACACUGGGCCCCCAUAUGAGGACACUGUGAGUCUACUUGAUCAGAAGGUCACCUUUAUUCGUUCGUAAAACCUUUUUGCCGUUAUGUGAUUCACAUGCUGCUGGUGUACUGCAGGCUUUUAGGAUCGUGAAUAAAGAAUGGGAAUAUUCACACAAGAGGGGAUUCAAAUGCACGUUUGAAAGAGGAAUUUUGCAUAUUUAUUUCAACUUCAAACGUCAACGCUACUGUCGAUGAACAGAUUUUCCUUUCCUAUGGAAACCAUACUCGAACACUUACUACUUUUUUUUUUUUUAAAUGUUCUCUGACACUGGGAAUUGCCAGUGGAAUGUGUAUUCUAACUUCUAAGCGUAAACUAGUAGUGUGGUGACCAUUUCGGGAGCUAUGCAUCGUGGCAUAUUCAUUUAACAGUCU